CUCCACCACCUGCUCAAGCGGUUGUCAAUCACCGCCAUCGCCUUGAUUGGAGCGCGUGGCGAGCCCCUCUCUCUCCCCCCGCCGGCGAGUCGGACACAGUUGUCGUUCUGCGGUGCAGAUAUGCAGCACCGUCAAAGGGGGGAGGGCUGCCCCCGACAGGACUGUUGUGAAAGUGUCGAGCCCUGCGCUGCAAGAAUGCAGUGACAGGUCUGGGCCUGAACUUCCGCAUUGAGCAGGAAGAAAUGAACAGUCAGAGGAGCAGAUACGACCCAGGCCAACACACACCCUGCGUAUGACUGUUGUUGUCUUUUUGGUUUUGUUUUUGCUGAGUUCCAUUUCGAGAGGGCGAUAUCCUUCAGGAGGAGCUGACGUCCACGAAAGCUGCAAUUUAACGCGUCGAAGCGAGGAUUUUGAAAUCUCAGAAAAGAUGGAUGACAUUGACGCCAUGUUCAGUGACCUGCUGGGGGAGAUGGACCUCCUCACUCAGAGCCUCGAACAGGAGACAGCAGCUCCCACGUCCCUCCCCACCACCACCACCACCACCACCAACAACAACAAGGAAGUCAACUUCUCCAUCUUCACGGACCUGAAUGAGUCCCUCCACGAACUGGAGGACACCGACUUGGACGCGCUCAUGGCCGAUUUGGUCGCCGACCUCAAUGCGACCGAAGAGAAACUGGCCGCAGAGAUACAAGGUCUGAAGGUGCCGUCGCCGCCGCCGCCGGACCUGCCGCCGCCGCCCAAAGGCCUGAGCGCCCACCACCCUGCCUCACCAGCAUCACCGGCGGGCAGCACGGGCAGCAACGUCAGCACCCCGGCCUCCUCCUCCGCCUCCUCACCUUUGCCACCUCCGCCUCCUCAGUCCACAAAGCCGACAAAGGAGGAGAUCGAGGCUCAGAUGAAGGCGGACAAAAUCAAGCUGGCCCUCGAGAAGCUCAAGGAAGCUAAAGUGAAAAAGUUGGUGGUGAAGGUGCUGCUGAACGACGGCAGCUCCAAAACGCUGAUGGUGGACGAGAGGCAGAACGUCAGGGAGGUUCUGGACAACCUGUUCGAGAAGACCCACUGCGACUGCAACGUGGACUGGAGCCUGUGCGAGACCAACCCCGAACUGCAACUUGAACGGGCAUUCGAAGACCACGAGAACCUGGUGGAGCCGCUCCUGGCGUGGACGCGGGACAGCGAGAACAAAAUCCUCUUCAAGGAGCGCGGGGAAAAAUACGAGGUUUUCAAAAACCCACAGACCUUUUAUCUGUGGAAAAAGGAUAACAAAGCUCUCAAAGCCAUAAAAGACAAAGACAAGGAGAUAUUGAUAAAGGAGAACUUCUGCGGGACGUCCGCCAUCGUGCCCGACCUCGAGGCGGUGCUGCACCUCAAAGAGGACGGCAAGAAGUCCUGGAGGCAGCGGCUGUUCCAGCUGAGGGCCUCGGGAAUUUACUACGUGCCCAAGGGGAAGACAAAGUCGUCCCGUGACCUCGUCUGCUUUCUCCAGUUCGACAACGUCAACGUCUACUACGGCAAAGACUUCAAGGGCAAAUACAAGGCGCCGACGGACUUCUGCUUUCUGCUGAAGCAUCCUCAGAUCCAGAAGGACUCUCAGUACAUCAAGUACCUGUGCUGCGAUGACGCUUGCACCAUGAAUCUGUGGGUGACCGGCAUCCGGAUCGCAAAGUACGGCGCGUCGUUGUACGAGAACUUCAAAACGGCAGAGAAGAGGGCGGCCGUCAGCUCCGUGUGGACGAACCGCAGCGCUCCGUCCUGCUCCAACCCGUCGACGCCCUCGCCCACCAUCAAAGCCAAAUCACCGAGCCACGCAAACGGUCACGCUCAGAAACCCCAACCAGGACCCACAUCUACGGACGUCGGCGGAGUCCCACCUCCACCUCCACCUCCACCUCCUCCACCUCUACCCUCCACCUCUACCUUCCCCCCAUCACCUCCGGAGCCAGUGUUCGCUCCUCCGCCGCCUCCUUUGGCUGCCAAGAGCUCCCCGAAACCUGCCUUCCCCCAGCAACACCCGCCGCCCAACUUCCCUCUGCCUCCUCCGCCUGCGAUGGACUUCCCUCCUCCGCCCCCGCUUCCGCCCAUCGCCGACCACUCGGAGGCCCCUCCGGACUUCCUCCCGCCCCCUCCUCCGUCCUUUGGCUCGCUGUCACCUCUUCCGCCGCUGCCGGGGAAAUCUCUACCGCCGCCACCACCUCCUUGUUUCAGGCGUAUGGACCAGUCUCUGCCACCUCCUCCACCUGACCCAGGGUUUUUACCGCCUCCUCCACCUCAGCCGAUGUUCACAGGCGCCGGGGCGCCACCUCCUCCGCCCCCGCCGCCUCCUCCUCCACCACCUGCUCCUACCGCCGCCCCGAGUGCGGCAGUGCGGCCCUCUGGUUCGGUGAGGAAGAUGCCUCCUCCUCCGCCAAAGAGGACUACACCGACGCUGCCUGCAGGAGGAGGAGGUGGAGGAGGUGGAGAAGGUGGAGGCGGGGACUUCAUGUCAGAACUGAUGAAAGCGAUGCAGAAGAAACGUAGCGUUCCUUAGCCUGAGCGAACCUGAACUCUGCCCACGCAAAAAAACAACUACAGCCUUAAUCAGCCGUUUAUCAUCAUCUCACCAACACAUUCAUCCAUCUUCCUUUUCCUGAAGUGCUUAACCCAAACCUUGGGGUGAUUUUUUUUGUAAAGAUCAGUUUCAUAAAGUCUUUGAAAAACUUGCAGACAAAAAUGACUUAAUGUUUUCAUCUUAGUUCAAAGACUUUUAUUUCUUUUUUUUUAAAUAGAAUUGUAUAUAUUGUCAUGUUUACCUGGGAGUAUACUGUGUUCCCAGCUUUUGUCACCUUAAUAAAAAUCUCCUGAAUAAA